ACAGUGGCCAAGAAAGUGCAGCGCGCGUUCUAAGAAAUUUUAAAUAAAUUUUGUGGUGGAAUAAAUUCGAACAUAUAUAGAAAUGUUUAAAGUCGAUAAAAGUAAUGAGUUGUCUCAUAUGUUGCAUUCAAAGAAACAUAGUUCGAACGGAAGAUCUGUGGAGUCGUUGAUUGGAGAAUAUGGGGAGAAGAAAGAUUUUCUGGAAUUGCAUAGCUUAAUGGAGAAUACUGACACCGUGACGUUAGUUGCGAUCUUAAAUUCGAAAUUUGGACGAAAUGAUUUUGUAUCGUUUUGGAGUUUCAUCCUUGAAGGCCUUAGCUUUGGAUACAGUAGUCGUCAAAUCAAAGAAAAACGUUUUUUUUUGGUGAAGCAUUUACUAAAAAGUUUGCAACGUUUUGAAUUAAGAGACAAGCAGUCCUACGAUUUGAUAAAACGGCUAUGUCAGCAUGUAUCAACAUUUCCUUCUAACCAGUUAAUUUAUAUUCUCGAUCUUUGUAUCGAGGGAAUACGUAUGGGUGAUCGUAAAUAUGUGUGUUGGAAAGAUUUACUACCGGAUGUUCUGAAAGUUUUGGAGAAUCAACCACAAUUGGCUGUUGACGGCGUACUUAUUAAAGGAAUUGAAUUCCGUGCAAAUACAGUCAAUAGUCUGAUAACAAUGAAUUGGCCCAUAGAGAUCAUAACUUCGAUUGCGGACAUGUUUAGGGAACUGAAUUUGAAAAGUUCUGAAGUAAAUGCAGUGCUUAACAAAUUUGGUGGAUUGGUUCUAACAUUGUCCCCUAUUGAUUUGCCGCCAUUAGCUUUUCAAUUAUUUUCUAUGUGUUCGACGUGUACAGAAGUAAUGAUAUUAGUGCUAGCUUUUGACAAAUAUUUUUAUCGUUUUUAUUACAAAAAACUGUUUGCUGAAAUGGAAAGCAAUUCAUCUGACUUCGACUCUAUUGAUACAUUUUCCGAUAAAGAAAUGCGUGAGGCCGAGGAGACGGUUUUACAUCAUUUGAAUUACUGCACACAAUAUAAAAUAGGAGAAACUAAAAUAUUUGCUGGUUUGCGAAACUUUAGCUCAAUGCCCGACUUGAUAUUGACUCCUUUUAUGAUAAGUUCAAUAAUAUCUUUGAGCUCUGCAAAUCGGGAGCCCGAAUCACGGCGUAUUACCACAUCUUGUCUUUUGAAUUUUUUGCGCAGUGUCAUGCACAAUAAUGAGCAUGAACAAAAAAUGGCAAAAUAUUCAGCAUGGUUUCGGGAUACAUUGCAGCGAAAGCAAGUACAGUUGGAUUAUAUUCUCUCAGUACUUAUUGAUCAGAAUAAGAAUGGACAAGAUAUCAUUACACCAGGUUUGGUUAAUUUAACUUUUACUUUGCUUAAAACAAAGAACAAUGUGCCAUUAAACUCUUUGGCUAUGAGAUUUUUAUCUAAAUUUAUACGCAAACGUUUUGUAUUUGGACAUGGAAUUGUGAAAAAAUUGGCAGAAUGGAUGAUGGUAGAACAAGAUCAGUUUCAGUUUGGUGAGUGCUUACUUAUGUUGAGCGUUGCAGAUACAUUCACAGUUUCUGAGUGCGUAAAGACUAUCAAAUAUGUAAUGGAGUUUUUUUUGUGGUUACCAGGCGAUCAAUCAAUGCGAAUGAUGUCGUUUAUACUACCAAUACUAAAAAUAUCUGCCGUUGUGCGAGACGCGUUCAUUGAAGUGCUCCGGAAAGCCAUGAGUUCAAGCAUGAAACACAUUCGAACAAUGGCGGUUUAUGGUUUUUGUAUGGUUCUUAAGCAAUUGAACAAUAGUAAUUCUCAACGAUCGCAGUCAAAUCCGUCUAGUUUUUGUACCCAAAAUAUUUCCGCAUUCUCAUUGAUAUCUCAAGGGGCUAUUGACAGUCGACAAUAUCCUUACCGUUAUUUUGAUAUGUUAACCCAGGAAAUAAUGGGACUUCUGAGGAGUUGUUUUGCAAGUAAUAUUGUUAUGAAGAGGGUGUUAUAUGAAAACUUGCAGCGUGCUGUAGAAUUAAAUCCAAAACUUGUGCCGCAUGUGCUUCAAUUUAUUGACUGGCAUUUUCGUUCGUUUUUUCGGGUUCCCAAAGUCACUGACGUUGAAGGGAAUUUCAGCGUGAUAUUUGAUAAAGCUGUGCGGACCUCUCCAGUUAAUGCGUACGAAUUACAAAUUCAAGACAAUCUGGGUCUUUUAGUACAGUUUGUUAGCCAUUGUUUAAUUAAACUUGAAGAAUUCGAAAGCGAAUAUGAUGUAAGAGAAAUUAAACGAUUAUUGCGUUUAGCUGUGGAAAAAGUAAUUACCAAGGAGUUGCAGUUCGAAGAAAAGGAUGACAACUGGCAACCCAAAAAGAGCGUAUUACUAGAAAUACAAAUAAAUUUUUUAGAAGGCUUAAUGGCGUAUUCUUUACUUACUGCGAAUUUAAAUAAUGACACAAUUACACAUAUUUUGCCAUUAUUCAAAAUACACUGCAAGUUGAGUGAGACGUACAAGAAUUAUGCGAGCAUAUCGAGGAAACAAUUACAAAAAAAUAAUAAGACCAGUAAUGCUGAUGGAUCUACAAUGAAGAAUAUAACCAUUAAUGGUAUGGUAGUAAAAAACUUUAAUUCCACAAGUUUGGGAAAUAUUUGGGAUUUUCAUGUUAUUGAAAAGUUUCUGCGACUUCUACAUGAGGAUGUUGUGCCCUUUGCUACAAGUCAUAAUACGGACGUACUUCGCUCAAAUGUAAAAUUUGUUCGGUACGUGCUGGAAAUUACUGCACAAAAGAUAGCAGCUCUGCGUGAUGAACCAAAAUAUAAACAAUUGGCUCAUAGUAAGCGCAUUUUGAAAUAUCUGGCAGAUAUAACAAAAGUUGUCUACGAACGUUGUAUUCGUCGUUUGGGAGACAUAUGGUCCAGCUUUGAUAAAAACACGGCUGCUUUAUCUGCCGAAUGCUUUCAGCAGUGCCUACAAACCGCAGACGUAAUUUAUAAGAAACAAUUUGUUGAAAUAUUCUUAAAAGGUUUCGAUUUGCAUUCCAUGAAUAACUGUAAGCAAUCUCCUGACAUUUUACAAAAUAUAAUCGACGAGUUCAUGGAAAUGGAAGAUUCUCCAGAUACAGUAAAUUCUUAUAAGGGUAAUAGGCAUGAUGAUAAUUCUGAUCGCAAACGAAUAUUACAAGCUUUGCUUCAAAGUCUUGAAGUGCUUUAUGAUAAUUUUUCAUUUACGGAUCGCAUAACAAUUGAGUCAUAUAAAUGGUUACUGAAAUUCUGCAAAGGCAACGUUGUAAACUCUGAAAAUUUGAGCUUAGUGCAUAAACUGCUAUUCACUCAACGACAAAAAACACACGCCGGCGCCUUCUUCAACACAAUUGCUCUACAAUUAUGCACCGUUUGGGGUGCUAUAUCCAACGAGUUUUACGACAGUGAGUGUCCCCCGGCCUUUACUUUCAAAUCAUUGACCAUGGAAAGUGCAAAACCAUACUUCUUAUAUUUAUGUCAGGCACUACGCAAACAAAUAGAUGAUGUAGAACACUUUAUUCUCAAAGCAAAUAAUUUAAACUUCAAAUGUCGUAUUGUAACAGACGAUGAGCGAGACAUGUCUCUUACUCAGUUACGUUCGAUGGAGCGAUCGAUAUGUUCACAGUUGCUUCAUAUCUCAAAUGCAUUAAAAAAUCUUGUGAAUGCUUGCAUUCCCUUAGGUUCGUCAAUGGACCACCUUUUGAAGCUUUUAAUGCAGCACUAUAUAUGUUUAAAAAGCCUUACUAAACAUUUCUUAAGUCGAGUUGAGGUAUCGCAAGUUUGUAUGCAAUCAACAAAGUUUGAGUUUUUGUUGCGUGCUAUUGGCAAAUCCCUUCCCACAAAUAUUUAUGCUCUUAUUUCAUACAUUGAAGAAAACGUUAUCGAUAAAGACCAAGAAAACCGUUUGAAUCCGAAAGCAGAUGGUGCUAAAAUAUUGCGUGAAACGAAACUUAUACCAAAAGUGGUAUUGCAUCUAGAGUCUUUUAAUCGUUUUGUGAUAAUUUUAUCGAAGAAAACAAACAGCCGCAUAUCUAAUUUACUGCAUCAAGGCACAGUUCAUGAUUUCCGUUUUCGCACACAUGCAUUGACAGCGGCAGUUCAGCGUACAUUUUCGCUAAGCAGGGAGAUUUCUGUAGAUUUUAGUGACGAAAACAUGACCGAAAAAGAGAUUAAGGAAGAUUACUUGGAAAUAACGAUGGACGAAUUGCCCACUGUGUCAAGAAAAAUGGGCAAAAAACUCGAAAGAAAUGACGAGCAUUCCGAUAAUAUAAAUGAAGCGGAAGAAACUUUGCAAAGAGCUGCAUCUAAAUCGGUUUUGGACGCCAAUUCAAAUCAUUCAGCUACUGGUCUAAAAUCAUCAAAAAGGAAAUUACGCAGUUGCGAUAACGACAAUGAUGGAGAGUUGUUCAGUAUUGAUAUUGUGGAUAGUGCGACACGCCCCUCUUCAGUAUCGGAUAAUGUGGAGGUCUUAGAGCAUGAAAGCAAUCAAGAAUCCGCUUCACAGUUAUUUAAAAACUUGGCAAAGAUCAAUAAGAAAGCUAAAAAAAGAGGAUUUAAAGAUAUUGAUGAUAAUGCUGUGGUGAACGCAGGAGUUAUAAUUCCACCUAAAAAACGACGUGAUCGUACGUUAAUUAAAAAAUAAAAUAUGAGACAAUUAAAUUAACCCUUCUGUUAUGUUAGUAAAAAGUUGCACAUGUGAUGUUAAGGUCACGGAAUGACCUAGUCGGAGUUUUGUAAUGGUAUCCUAUAAAUAUUUUUUCUAAUAUUUCUUAAUUUUACUGACUACAAAUUAAGUUUGAAUUUAACAUUUCACAGUUGUAUUGAUUAUAAUUUUAUUUUGUUCUUAACAUUUCUUAGAUUUUAUGAAUUUAAAUGAAUGCGCAGGUGGCUCGCUGAAUUGUUUUUCUCUUUUUUAGAGCAACAUCCGCCGAAGUACUUGUCUAUUCUGCUUCUGCCCAGACAUUCCUGACAAUACCGGCCGACAACUGUUUUUUAGGUAAGCGUUUUCUACGAGUUAACUCACCCUGAACAAGGUAUUGGCCACGUUCUUCGAGAAAAUCUUGCGCUUAUACAUUUUUGAGGCAUUCCGAUUAGAGUGAAUUUCUGUCCAUAAAAGCUAGGCAUUUAGCGCCGAAACAUCCACAACAUUCGAGAAGACAGCUAAGGGCCAACGAUUGGUUUGUCUCGUGCACGUAUAUCUUUCUACUAAUUGGUCAAUUGUGUCUACUCCAGAUUUUGUAGAAUUAUAAAAAUCUUUUAUUUCUUAUUUUUAUUUGGGCAAAAUUUUGUUCGCAAAUCCGCAGCUACCCAUGCCUUUAUCCCGUAUUUACUUGACUUGCUUGGCAUGCCUCUAAAAGAAAUCUCAUCGACUGUUACGUUCUCAUAGGGAACAAACAGUAGUGGUACGUUAGCUACCCUCGUAAAAAUCCCGAAUUGGAGCAAGUUUAUCAUAUACUCUCGCUCGCGCUGAAGUACCACCUAAUAUCAAAAUACCCAAAAAUCCAUUAAAAAUCUAUUUCAUCAAUUGAUUUAUACUUCUCUCCAAUUUUUUAGCGCCCUCGAUGUUGGUGAACUCUAGCACAGGGUAAAUGUUUCUUUUAUAUUUGAUAUUCGGUGAACUGAAUAUACUGUAACCGGGGUGUCGUCGAAUUAUAUUUUCUGUUCUGGCUCUAGUGCUAUUGGUUGCUGUCGGUGAAAAGUACACGAGAAUGUUACUUACAUAUAUCAGCUUCAGCAAUACUGUCUUCUUCACUAGCAAUGUACCACACUUUUCAGAAGAUUCGCAAUCUGGCAAUUCUUCCAAUACAUUCUCAUCGUCCUCAAAAUCACUAUACUUAUCAAUAUCCACAAUGUCUUCCAUUAUUGUUUGGGUAAAAUCAAUAAUACUCCUUUCAAAUCAAUCAAAAUACUCACCGAUGCUCGGUUACGUUUCAUUUUAUAAAAUAUCUACAAUGUCUGUCGUUUUACACAAAAAGUAAUUGGCGGAAAUGGUGCGAAACUUCCUCUUGCCACUUUGAACAGCAGAUGGUCACUGAAUGACGUUAUGCUACCCACACGUUAGUUUUGAUUCUGCCAUGUUUUUUAUCAAAUUAUAAAAAAUAUUUUGCACUUUUUCAAAGCGAUUUCACUCAAUGCAGGAAUUUAUAAAAGGAAAUUCCAAAAUUUUGUGUAUUUUAUGAAAUAUAAGCAAAAAUAACAUAAAACGGUCACGAGAUGACCUUAAGGUAACAGAAGGGUUAAACAUCGUUUUUUAGUACAUAGAAUGUAUCUGUAAAAUAAAAACAUUUGUUUGUUGUAAAAAUAUAUUUCCUGUAAAAUAAAAACAUUUGUUUUUGUAAAAAUA